GAUGGUGGCGAAAAAUAAAGAAAUGGUAGGAGCGAGGGGCAUCGUGUUUUCCUGCAGCUCGUUCUCCCAGCACUUCCGUUCUCCUCUGUAGGUGUGUUCAUGACUGCGCUCUUCGCUGUGGUCCUCGCUGUGCUCCUCAGUGGGCCCAUCGCAGCGCCCAUCGUUGUGCUCAUCAGUAAAAUGUUAACCUGGCUACUACACGUUGUUCAUCAUGUCUGGUUACGGGUAUCCGAAGAAUCAAUCCGUCGUCCAGAAUUAAUCCAGAACGAGUGAAAUAGACCUCAACAACAAACGUCUGAAGAAGUGUUAAGUAAACGCAUGCGCACAUUUAUUUCCCCAAACACGUGUCGUUGCGCUGAAGCUGCGCACGAGAGCGUACGUAAAUGCGCCUGUUCUCUCGGUGUCGUGACGUAGCGCGUCGUAACAUUCACGCACCGUCGUAGGGUGAGACGUACAGCAUAAUAGUUAGAGAUUAGAACCCAAAACGACGACAUUAUCGGAGACCAGGGUUACGCAUAUAUACAUAUAUAUAUUUUUUUAAAAGAAGAGGCACACUACGUUUCGGCCACGUGCAUGUUCUUAUUGAGGGACCGAGCCAGCUGCGUCGACCGCGUGGUUUGUUGUUCAGAUUCGCUUCUGAUUCACCCGCCAUUCGACACUCGCUGCACGCGCCGCACGUACACUCUCCGGCCUUAGAGAUAUAUCAGACGUCGGCGAAAACACUCGACGUCCAUUAAUCAAAGGAUGCUGAAAGAUCUGCGUAAUCUGAAGAAAAAUAGACAACAGCUCCUCAGAUGACUUCUUCAGUUACAUGGCCAUUCCACAUAAUCAGGCCAUAAUGGUGCUUCGUCAGGAGGGCACGGCUACAGCUACAGUACCUCAAACAUCUGCUUGUUCACUUUUUGUUGUCGUCAACCAGCUACAUCCUGCUGGUGGAGGGCAGGACAAACAGACACUGUUUGCUAGUACGGAAGCCAGCCCUUUGAAAAAACCUGCUAUUGGUUCCUGUGUAGCAAGCUUUAAUAAAGUGUCAUCCAUGUCUUUGUCAGCCAUGGCAGCUACCAACACAAGUAACCAGCUAUGUAACUUGCCAGCAGAGUCUACAUGUAAAGGUAUCACAGUCACUUUGGACAACAAUAACAUGUGGAAUGAGUUUUUCAGAUGUCAGACUGAGAUGAUUCUAACCAAGCAAGGUCGUAGGAUGUUCCCUUGUUGCCGUUUUCGCAUCUCAGGAUUGGAACCUUUUCAGAGGUAUUCUUUAAUAAUGGAUAUGCAACCAGUGGAUAAUUACCGCUACAAAUGGAGUGACAGACGAUGGGAGACCAAUGGAAAAGCUGACCCACACAUUUUGAGCUCCUUUGUACAUCCCAUCUCACCUGCUACUGGAUUAGACUGGAUGCAAAAUCCUGUUUCCUUUUACAAGCUAAAGCUUACCAAUAACCCCUUGGACCGCGAGGGCCAUAUUAUCAUAAACUCUAUGCACCGGUACAUUCCCCGACUUUACAUUAUUCCUGCAGAUAAAGCUGUGGAUGUCCUUCAGUUAGAUGGGCCUGAUGUUGUAACAUUUAGUUUUUCACAGACAGAGUUCUUUGCUGUCACAGCUUAUCAGAAUCUGUCCAUCACUCAGCUGAAAAUUGAUUACAACCCUUUUGCAAAAGGUUUUAGAGAUGAUGCUAACAACUCCCGAUGUUGCAAGCCCAAGAGUGCCCCUUCCACUGAAAAGUUGGAAAGUGAGGUCAAAUCCAGCAAAGAGUCUUCAGCCUUGAAUAAUCUUAAGUCUUUGUUUGCAAAGAUGAAUGCUUCUGAAAAAGUCAAUACCAUUGGGGACCUUAAAACUGUUAUUUGUGAUGAUCCCAGGAGAGUUGAGCCUGAAUGUUCUGGCAGUAGCAUGAAGCGGCCAUGGCCAGGUGGGCUGUCGGAUCUAAUUAAGGGAGCUCAUGUUAAGGUAAAAAGAAUAUCCCUCGAGAAAAUCCAGAAUGGAAGUAGCGAGCAAAUGAAUGUUGACACUCUGGUUUCAAAAGAGAACAAUAUGGAUAUGGCACCUAAGGACUGUACAUCUGAAAACAUUUCAAUUCCUGAUGUUACCAAGGAGCUUAAGGACACGGUAUCGUUUUCAAAAACCACAGACUCCUCCACUUUAAAAAAUACACCUGAGACACUUUCUGCAACUAACAUACAGUGCAUGCUGAAAAAAACUUCCAUCACACCCUUAAAUGAAAAGUUGGCUGCAGUAUUGAGUGAUACACCAGCAGUGACUGAAAAGUUGAGCAGUGAGAAAACUUCACAGUGUGUUGUCAAACCUCUUGACUGUGGUGGAGAAGUGAAGAAGAAGCGGGCUGAGCCUGUCCCACUACCGCUUCUUGCUCUAUUUCUACAGCAAUUGAAGUCAAAAACAAGACCAAAGCCAAAAUCUGAAUCUUGUAGUGUGCCAUCACAGUCUGAUCAAUCCUGUGAUGAUACUUCAGUUUACGAAAACCCAUCAUCCCCCACAGCAUCCAUUACACCUGCAUUUAACACCCAGUUGAAUGUAGAACUUGCAUCUUCCCCAUCUCAAACCAUCACAUCAUCCAGUUUAACAUGUACUGCAGCAAACACUGAACAUAAAACUGUAUCAACCCCAGAUUCUGCCGUUGAUGCUGUUACUGCCUUGACAGACGGUGUUGUCUGUGAUUCACUGGAGCUGCCCACAUCUAAUAAAGUAUCUGCUACUACUUUUGAAUUUGCACAUGACGUUAAAGCCAACACUAGUCUUUCAGAAACCACACUUGACACUAAAAUAGUCUCCAUUAUGUUAGAUGACACUUCUUCUGAUUGUGUAAUUGGAUGUGAUCCUAAAGCUUUUCCCUUUACCACCCCUGAUGCUCCCAAUAAUGAACUUUUGCAAAGUACUGCCACUAUUGAUACAUCCAGCACAGAGCCUGCUGAUAAUUACUGUACGGUCACAAAUCCUGAGCUUGUUCCAGAGACUGCUCUACAGUCCCCUUGCCCAGGGGUUAAAAACUCAUCUUCACCAUCUUGUGCACCAUCCCCUCCAUACGUGUCCGCUCCUUCCUCUCCUGACCCGUUUCCACCGAGCAUGUUCUCUGAUAGGCCCAUACCUCCUAGAAAGACACUAGACCCAUUUCCAGCUUGCGUAUCCCUCGAUAGACCACGACCAUUGCUAGAGAUAUCUGAGAUAUCAGUACCACAGAGGUUUUUCACAGCACCACUUGGAGACCCAGGUACUGCUGUUUUCAGUAUUAGAAGUGAGCUGAACUGUCCUAUAGAUUCCCAUGACCCUGCUAUUCCAAAGGAAGUAAAACAGCCCCAGAAGACUAGUAAAUGCACAAAAUCCAAGAUUUUACAAAAGAAAGGUGGGAAAUCAAAGGUGACUGAAGAUACAGCGGUGAUGGAAGGCCCCAUUCCUGUCCCAAUGCAGCCCAACCUUGAAGAAGUGGAGGGUCAAUUGUUUGUUUCCUUCAUGUCAAAGAAGGCACUGGAAAUUCAUCUUGGCGAUGAAGCUAAAGAAGAGGUUUUACAAAAAACAACGCAAAACAUCGUUGGUGAAGUCCCUGAUGAAAAGGAAAAGAUUGACACACUUGAAAAGACCCUUCUGCAUGAUUUAAAAAACAUGAAAUACAGACAGGUCAUUCACCCAGUUCUCCAAGCAGUUGGUCUGAAGUUGAACCUUUUGGAUGUUACACUGUCUAUUGAUCUACAGUAUCUGGGUGUAUGCUUACCUAUUCCUCCACCUAUAUUCUUACCUGAGGGAAGCUCAGGGACUUGCUCAUCACAGGUUCACUUCGUUUCUAGAACAGGAAAAACAACUGACAUUACUAAAAUCAAAGGCUGGAGAGAGAAGUUUUCCACAAUUUCUUCAACUGUUUCUGGAGUCACCACAUCCUUGGAUACAGGACAAAAAAAUCUCUCAGCUUUCUGUAGUGACAUGCUUGAUGAGUACCUGGAAAGUGAAGGCAAGCUUAUUGAUGAGCGAGCUGCCAGUUUCUCACAGGCUGUUGUCACUCCUGUGGCCUACCAGUUGCCCACCAAGAGCACAAGCUAUGUUCUUACACUUGACAGUGUUUUAAAAAAGCAGGCAGUUCCAUUAGUAGCUACUCUCUCAAAGCCUUCUAAAAAAUCCAGAAAAAGUGCACUGCACUCAAAAAGCAAGGAAGCUGUGUCUGGGGUGAAAACGAAGAAAUCUGUCAAAAAAAAAGAAAACCCGGUUCCCAGCACAGACAAGAAACUAGAGGGAAGCCCUUCAAAGAAAUCUUGUAUACCAAAAUCAGUAUCUAGUGUGCCAUCUACUGACCCUGACUUGCCCCAAAGCAAAAAAUCUUCCAAAAUAAAGACCAAGAAGAGACUCAAGACUUCACAACAUUCUUUACAGACAGCUGAAAAGUCUGUUAAGGAUGGUGUGUCCGUGGCUUCUGCAGGACAGAGCACUUCGGGUACCCCUGGUUCAAACCAACCAGUUGGACGCAGUUCCGGCCUACCCAAAACCCUAGUUAAACUAAGGGACGUGGAAGAUGGUGCAGUCUGGGAAGGGAAAAAUCGUACCUAUAUCACCAUGGAACGAGCAGCCAUUGCUUUAUCAUGUCUUGUCACAGCAGAGGGUACAAUAGGAGGAAAUCCUUCUACUGUCAUAAAACGACGUGCACCACCUUGUCUCAAUGACUUUUGCCGGUUAGGGUGUAUAUGUGCUAGUCUUGUUCAGGAGAGGCGCCAACAUCACUGUGGCAAACCUCAGUGCAUGCUGGGCUGUAACUGUCUUCGACGCAAAGUAGUCCUUUUGAAAAAUGAGGAAACAAAUGAGGCUGUAAUAAAAGAUGCAGAAGAUGUACCCAAAGUGAAAAAGAAGAGAAAACGUUAUUCUUACACUAUUUCAGUUACUGAUUCAGCACCUGAGCCAGCUCUGCAUGUAAAAACAUUAUUGGCUAAGCAAAAUGAUGUGGAUUUAGAGCCACUUUACGUUCCUGAUCCUGCCAAGCCUCUUCAUCCUCCACCAAUAUCGUUGGAUCUUCAAAAGGAUCUGGAGAACUUUCUACAUGCUUUACCGAAAAGAGAAGCCAUGAGAGCUGUUGAUGGGGUAAGUUGGAGCAAGCUCAAAAAUCAGGGAAGUCUGGAUUGUGCUCGUGUGAGGCCAUUCUGUGGGAGAAAACUGUCUCCUUGUGGACAAAGACGCAUGAAGGAUGUUCAUCCAGAUCUUAGUUCACAGGACUCACUGGAAGAGAUUGAGGAAGGGGAGCUUCGGCCGCCUACUCAGUCUGGUCCUACUAAACGGCUGGAAAUUGUGUCAAAGUGCAAGUGGGAAACAGAAGGCAGCAGGUACGUUGUCGUGCGUACAGUGUGUGAGCGUAUGGCACAGGACCGUCUGAAGGACCCUUUCUGGGUCGGCAAGUACCACAUCCAGCCCACAUCUAAGACUAAAAUGGAGACAGAUGAAGGAACCAUCAUUACAUAUAAAGUGGUCAUCUCUCAGCCACACCUAGAGGAAAGUGAAGAGAAAAUGAUGGAGGAGAGAAUAAAGCAGCUGGAAGCUCAGUUGAUUGAGACCAUAGGCAAAAGUGAAGUGAAGGGCCUCCCCCUUCUCUCUCAUGUCACCCCUGCAGGGUUGCUAAAGGCUGAGAAAAAACCUUCUGGUGCUCUGGGCCAGAUAAUGGUCAAUGGAAAGCUAUAUCCACAAGCCAAACUAGAACUGGGCCAGAUGGGGGCUUUGCAUCCUGCCAACAGGCUGGCUGCUUACAUCACAGGAAGAGUAUGUGUAGCUAACAAACAUGGCAUUACAACUGGUACCACAGUCACCAAGACAUCGCAUACAGCUCCUACCACCCCAACCAGUGUAGCCAUGACAGCAGUUACAAACACACUUUCUUCAACCAUCACAUUGGCUAAGCCAACAGUGGCUAAGCAACCUAUAGGAACAGAGUUUGUCCAGGUUGAGCUCGGCUGUAUAAAUUCCCAACAGCAAAAAACAGCCAGUACUGAUAUGUUACCAAUGCAGAGCACAGUUAAAAAUCUAAUGUAUUCUUCUUCUAUGUUGACUGGCUCUCCUGGGAUUUCAGCAUCUUGUACCAUGCAACCAAAGGCAAACAUAGCUUCCCAUGCAUCUCCUGGAUCUGGCACCACAGAUGGCUCCAUCCAAGUGGUUAGGGCAGUAACUCGAUCUGGAUCAGCUGUACCAGAGAAGACUUUUAUGCUCAGUACUACUGGAUCAAAUGUUGCGCUCUCUGGUAGUAGAAUCCGGUUGAUGCAGUCUCUAACCUCAAAUCGUCCAGCUGCUCCUGGGCAGAGGAUGUUGAUGUUAAAAACAGCUAAUCCUACUGGCCGAGUAAUUCAUCUUGUGCCUCUUGGCCAAUUCAGGUCCCUCAAUCCAAAUGUCAAGAUGCAUCCUCAGCAGUCCUCUCUUGUCCGUUUUCCAACUCCCAACCCGGUCCCUCUGAGUAAGCCUCAAACAUCUACAGCUGUCUCUUCAUCAAUAGCUCAGACAUAUCAGAAUAUGGCUCCAGUAUAUAGUACAAAAGACAUUGUCGCGACAAGCAGCGCCUCCACGAUUGAUACAAAACAAGUCACCCCUCUUGGUGGCUCAAAGACCUUACUGGUUUGUAACAAACCUAAUAUGGUAAAAAUUAUACCAGUAAUUCUUAAGGAUAAUUCCAAAAACACUUUAAAAAUUAUACCUCAGAAUGUUUCUGAAGAUUCUCAAAUAUUCAAAGAUCCCAGAUUCCCAUAUUCACCAUCAUCAGCUCAAAGCUCUUCAGAGGGUCACCCAGCAAAUCAAAGUUUACAGCCCACUUCUCAAAGCUGCUUAAUCCUGAACAACCCAGCUCAUCAAAAAUUAGACAACCCUCGUAACUCCGGCCCUAAACAUGCCAAGGUAUAUUCUGAAGAAUACUCGCGGUGCUCCAAAAUGUCACACAAAAAUGUGAUUUUUACAGACCACUCUUACACCUUUGAAAUGAAGAAAAGGAGCACACCAUCUAAAAAGCGUGUUGAUGUGUCUAAAGAUGGCUCUGUUACUGCAAACGCAUCUGGGUAUCACAUGUUCCUCAAGGAAGUGCUGGACUUGGGCCUUGAUCAAGCUGAGGGUUGUGGUACCAGUAGUGCUGUCCUAGGCACUGAGAGUGGUGAAGACUCUAAAGCAGGAUCACAUCUGUUAAAAGAGGAGAUUGAUUCUGACACUGAACUAACUGAAGAUUCAGACAUGUAUAAUGACACUGACUCCAGCCAGUUCAGUGACAAGGAGGAUCUGUUCAUAGGCACUGUUUUUGAUAAACGGAAGGGAAAACGUAACUCUGUUAAUGCACAGAUUAAAGAUUUGAAUGAGAAGGAGGAUGAUGAGCUGGUUGAUAUUGAAACAUUUGAGGAAGGAGUUGAGAAAAUCCCUCCACCGCCUGAGCAGACUCAGCAUGACCGCUUUCGAAAUCUUUCAUCAGACGAGGAGAAUGAAAAUGAAAAUUUGGUUAAACUUAGGAGGAGGAAGGAUGAGAAGAAGAGACGCAUUACUCUGAGGAAUUGUUUUUACAAUCUGCAGCAGACUCUCAAUAUUGAAGAGCCUAAAGUUGCCAAAAUAGUGUUACUCUCAAAGGCCCUGGAGGAAAUUCACUCUCUUACUAAACAAAGAGAUCGCCUGGUGAAAAUGUGGGACACACUGAGAAAGAAGAGAGAUUACUAUGUUGAAAUGGCUUCCCAGUUAUCUGGAAAAAACAAGUAUUCCAUCUGUCAGAAGUUGGAUGAAAUAGUUGCUAAGCAGAAAUCUCUAGAGAUCAAGGACAAAACAAACAACCCCACUCUUAACUUUAAAAAAGAAGUUCCCGUACACUCACAGAGGACUGUCAACGAAAAACAGAAAACAUUGGGUACCGAUGGCAAAGCUGAACAUGUUAUCAAUAGCAAACAAAAAAAUCUGGAAUUCCAGGAUAGAAGAACAGAAAUUGUCAACACUAAUCAGAAAAAAACUGCAGCCAAACCACCUAUACCUCACCAAACACCACAGCUACAAAAAUGUCCUCCACCAGUUCCAUCACGUGAAAGAACAAGGCCCAACAUCCUGUCCCACAGCAAGCCUCAAGCCUUGGCUGAGGAUCAAGUGUUUGUUCAAGUGAUUCCAGUGGUAGAAACAGCAAUUCCAUGCAAUCAGAUCCUUACUAUAAGUAACCCUCUUCAGCCCACUGUUAUCACAACCACACCAGGUGUUGCAGCUGUGUCCAUAUCUAUUCCUACCAUCUCACAUUCACUCUGUGUAGAGAAUCCACUUCCCAUGUUGCAGCCACAAGUCCUUAAACUAACCAGCAGCCCUGUUAGCACACCAGUUGGUAAUAUAAGCCUCCCCAAGAUCUCCAGUUUUGCUUCUUUGCUACAGUCAGAAAAUCUGCCUGUUACCCCCAUGCAGACACAGGAGGAGUGUAACUCGUCAGAUGGGAAGGCUCAGCAAAAUGUUGUGCAAGAGGAAAAACAACUAGACCAAAAUCUUCCGGAGUUUGUGCCCAAAAAAACUGAGCAUAAUUCAAAUGACAAGAUCGAAGAAGAUCUAAAAAAGCAAAAGGAAGAUGAUGAAAGUACAAUUCAACCAGACCAAGAUGAUGACCGUCUGAUGUCAUUACUCGAUGAGCUUGUUUUUCUCAAUCAGACCUCUGAACCACAAGAAGAUGCUUCAAGUCUUUCAGAAACUGGAGAUGUACUGACAGAACUGCUCACUAAUAAAGAGGUAGAUAUGGACAGAGACGAUGAACGCUCUCUCAGUCCUCUGUUUCUCAAACUAGACGAGGAUCUUAUAACAUCACCCACCUCAAAGGACGAAGAGAUGGAUGAUAUUCCUCCUAGAGUAGAUGACCUUGUUAAAGUUAUAUUUGGGUCAGAGUCUCCAUCCAUUUCAUCAGAAUCAGAGAUUGUUGCAGCAGCCACUGAUGACAGUACCUGUGUUUCAGUGUGCAAUAUUAAACAUGAUGCUCCAACUCCACCUCCUUUGCUGCAGAUGAAAACUGGAGGGUGUUCUACAGCAGACUCUCUGAAAGAGCAGGCCAACUUGUCAUGGCGGCCAAUGCCAAAGCUUGCUCCUCUUGGACUAAAGACUCAGGAGACUGGGCACCCGAAACUGAUCUGUCCUCAUGCCCCAAAAUAAGAUUUAAAGCUGCCUAGUCUUCAUAACAUGUGUAAUAAUCAAAUCAUCAGGGAUUUCCAUAGUUUUAACUUCUUCAGACAUAAGACUGUUAUUUAUUUGUUUGUGAGUACAUUUAAUUUUAAUUCUGUUUCAUCAAGAACUACCUGUUGUGCCUCUAGUAGAUCCAAAGAUUUGUUUGCAGUUUUCCGAGUGAUUUAAAUGUUGGAGAUAAAAUGAAGAUUUUAGAGUGAGCAAAAAUGACCAGAACUUUUUGUAUAAUAUUGUAAAUGUUGUAAAAAGCCAACAUUCAUGGUUCUGUACAAAGAUUGCAUAUUGGAGUGGUAUCAGAUGUUUUAAGCGUUAUAAUAGGCAACCUACUGAAUGUGAUUAAAAAACAAAUCAAAGAGA